UCCAGUCUUCAGUCUGUAGCAGUUGGCGAGAGCGAAUCUCUGCGUGGCUACGUAUCUGACAAUGAGAGAGACAACCCCAGCUUAACCCGUCCCUCUGCUCACCCCUCGCACAGCAUCUUGGCGAGCCUUCAGCAACAGACGGCGGCGGCGGUCUCCGGUGGACACAGGGCCGGGGCCCCCACACAGGCCGAGUCAUGGGUUCUCGUUAACGUACAGCAGGAGGGUUCGGCCACUACUGACCCCAAAGACUCCGAGGGCGGUAACGAUGUUACGGAAGGUCCCAAGGUUUCCGUGACUUCAUUUUCCGCCUCGUCGCCUCUUGUUCCCUCCUCUGUUCUCCAUAUGCCCAUUAUGAUCGUCUUCAGCGAUCUUUUUACCCUUGAAAAGGCCGUCGACAGCAUCGCCUUCCUUGUGCGUGAUCCGGCGCACAUCACGCCCAACAGUAUCGAGUACUGCGUACACGCAUUGCGGGUCUUCGUGGAAGCCUGCAGCAGUCCCUCUAAACCGCCUCUCUUCCAGCGUCUCGGCUGCGACCCAAAUACCGCUAUCGCCACUGCUCGAGAUGACCCCAUCACAGGCGGACUAGCCCUACAGAUUUUCUUGUUGCUCAUUUAUCUGCGGCAUGCUGACAGUUUGCUCAUUAGUUUCGGCGAGGCCCACUGCCACAGCAGGGUGACGCAGACACAGUGA